AUGGCGGCUUCUUCGUUCCAGUCUAUGAGAAAUUUUUGGAAAGAAUUUUCUCUUCCAGAUCUUCAGGUGAGAAUGAAAGAGAAUAACUAUUUAAACCAAUUUCUUCUAAAUUGUAUUAGUGUUUCUCUGUUGUUGUAAUCAACGCGUAUGCUAUUUGUAAUUCGUUUCUUGUAAAUAAACUUUUGAAGGUUCAAUUACAUGGAAAUGUCCUAUGUUGUUAGAAAUCCUUAGACACAACUGCAGCAGAGCUAGCAGAUCGCCAAGAUGAAUCAGACACAUCGAGAAAAAAGCUCGUUGAACUCAGUCGUGAUUUUAAAAAGAAUACUCCGGAGGUAAUGAUUGCAUGAACACAUCGUUAAAUGUUUGCUUUUUAAUUGAAAUUAAACUGCAUGUACAUGUCGAGUGAUAAUAUACCUGUUUACUUUUUAUUGAGCUGGUAAUAGAUUUUUUCGUAAUCAAACAAUGCAUGUGUUCUCAUGCGUGAAACGAGGAGAUUUUGUUCGUGGUGAUGUACUUUAAUUUACACGCCAUAUAAAAUUAUGAUUCCAACUUUUUUACAAGGAAACCUGACAAUGACCUCACAAAAAAUUUAUUUGACACGAUGGUAAAUUAAGUGAUCACGAGAAAUGGGGAAAUAGAAAAAAAGAUUUCUGUACAGCCUCAUAGUUCAUUUUGCAUAUGGUUCUUGGAUAAAGAAAAGAACACCAAGAAGCAAGCUGAGAUUGGUUUUGAGACUAGGGCUUUAUUCUAGAAUACUCUAGGGUUAAGCGGGAAUCUUUCCCGAACAAAAUGCUAAAUGUGCAACUGGAACAAGAACUCUGAUUACGGUUAAGAAUAUAGUGCUCAGUGAAAUAUGAAAAAAUCAUAUCUUUCUUACUACCAUUCAUGAGAUCACUGAUGAGAUAUGGAACUAUCUGUUUCAAUAGAUUAUUGAUCUGUGAUUUUUAUCUUUUUAGGAUACCAGGAAAAAGAUGGCACCACUCUUGAAGAGCUUUCAAGCUGAGGUUGUUAUUUUUAUUCUGAAUUCACUUUAGUUUUGCAUGAAUUAUCCUAAUUUCUUUGGCUCAAAUUCUUCAAUAGAACAAUAUUUUGAUAUUAGAUGUAAUUAUUUAAAAGAAGUGAGGAAAGGUGUUGGAGAAGUAAAAUAAUUUUGUAAUGAAAAGGUUAUGUUACACCCCACUUGUUGCACUGGAAAAUUUGACAAAAACCUUGUUCUUGAAACAAGAAAGUUUCAUUAAAUUCAUUUAAAGCAGGCAAUACAAUAGUUAUCAGUUUUGGCAAUGGACUGAUAAUGUGAAGGGGGCUGGCCUGUUACUGGUGAAGAUGUAACUAUUUGACAAUUCAAAACUACAGAUUUUUAUAGAGUAAUAGUAUUAACUCUUGACAGAAAUUUGACGUCAAUGGUAUUGCAAUGUUCAAGUCAUUUGGCACACUGUCCAGAUUUACUUAAACAAUUAUUAACAAUUUAUUUUGUACCACAUAACUGUUCUUUCAGAUUGAUGCUCUUUCAAAAAGAAGCAAAGCAUCAGAAACUGCUUUUCUCUCAAUCUACAAGAAACUUGUGGAUGUCCCAGGUAGGAACUAUUAGUGGAAAUAUUUAUAAGUUAGAAGUAACUGGAUACUAAAUUUCUGUAACCAUUUUAAGUAUGGAUAAGAAUUUUCUGCAACCAUUGAAGUAAGUUGAUGAGAACUUUCUGUGUCCAUGUGUAUGUUACAAAUAUCUAAUAGUGUGGUUGUAUUUGGUGUCAGUAACAUUAAAUAAUUUUUCUUUGCAGAUCCUUUACCAAUACUUGAACAGGCUGUUAUUCAGCAACAAAAAGUAUCCAAACUUCAGGUAAAACUAGUUCUGAUAUUGGUUUGAUGCCAAUUAAAUCCAUUCAAAAAACCAUUAGUCACAGGUAGCUAACAAAGGAACGGAUUCAAAAUGUCUUGAACUAUCUAAUCUGGGAAUUUUUUUUUUUACGUGUUAAUUAAGUCAACUUGUUUUUUGUUUUAGUGCUUUUCAUAAAGAAAUGGCCACUACUUGCUUUGCCUCUGAGUAACCAGAAUCUACACAAUUUGAUUCAUGUGAUUGUGUAAAACAGUUAUUUAUGUAACUAAUCUCAUUUUCAGGAUUAUGAAAUUGAAAAUAAACAACUCAGGGAAACCCUCGAAGAAUAUAACUCAGAAUUUGCAGAAGUGAAAAAUCAAGGUAUUUCUACUUUGCACAUGUAGUCAUGUCACCUUUCUGACUGAGAACUAUUUUUUGCACAUUUUGUUUGAUUUUCUUGUUUGCUUUUGUUUGCUUUUCAGAGGUAACUAUAAACAGACUAAAGGAAAAACUGCGAGAGUAUGAGGACAAGAUGGAAGAAAGAGUUCAGGUUUAAAAAAUUAAAUGAUUUUCAUUUGUUUAGUACUAUUGUGUCUCUAUUUGACAUUUUUGUUAGUUUUGUCAGUUUUGUCAGUCAAUUCAUACUUAACGUUAAGAAUUACAGAGCUCCAAAGUUAAAUUAUAAUACAAAUUGUUUUUGGUGUGCAGGCAAGAGCUAAGGAGAAGGAAAAAGACAUGCAGAAGAUGUUUUCUGACAAAGAAAGGACCUUGCAAGAAACUCAGGUUUCUGUUGCAAAGAAACUUGGUGAAGCUGAGCAUAAAGCUGCAACUCUCCAGGCUGGUAAGUAAUCUCUUGGUGUUGGUUCAGAAAAAGGUCUCCUCUCUUGGUCUUCUACAAUGUAAACCAGACGGCAAAACCCUACGAAGAUAAAUCACACCAGUUGAAAUGGUGAUCUGUUAAUAACUUUCUUGUAGCAUUGGAUAGUACUCAGUCAGAACUGUUUGAUGUGAAAGCCAAGUUUGACGAAGUUGCUGCUGCAAGGUAAUCUAUUUUAGACCUGACAUAAAUUUUGGCUUUCAGUCUUUUUCAAAAAGUCACUAAAAAUGUGGUAGGAAAUUUUUUUGUAAAUUAUAUAAGAAUUGUUGAUAAAUGGCUUACAAUUUUUGUUAAAGUGAAGAACAAUUCAUUGAAGUGGAGGUGAAUAGUGGUGGAUAUUUCUGAGUUGCGAAGUGGUGAGGUACACUUAGAUAUCAAUCACUUUCAUGGACACUGAGGGGAAUACUUGUUUUUGUAUGUACCACACAGAAACCAAAAAGAUAUUUUUGUCAAUAUACCUAAAAAUGGUCAGAAAUUGAUUGGAUGAAAUGUGAUUUUGUCUUUUCGGCUGCUCAGAGGUGAAUGGUACCAUAAAGACUCAUGUAUAAGCUACAUUGCUAAAUUUUUGGGCCAAAAAUCGUGGGCGUGGCUUAUACAUGAGACCAUAAUUUGUCUCUCGUGUCCAGACUUCCCACAUGGUCACUGAGCAAAUGUUUUGCAUUGUCCUUCUGUGCUUUUUUUUUUGUUCAAAUUCCAUCAUUUUCAUUUGAGUUGUGGGCUUUGGCAAUGAAGACAACUGUCGUCAGUCACUGGGAAUAGAGAAAUUGAUUAAAGAAAAGCUUUUAAAAGGACUAUUUUCAAAGUUGAUUAACUUAUUAAUGUGGCACCAAAUACACAACAUUAGAUUUUGUGAAGUUUAUUGUGAACAUCUGUGAACAAAUGACCAACUUUUCUUAUAAGGCUUAGAGUGCUUUUUGGAGUUUUUUUUUCCAAAAAAUGCUUGAAAGUAGGGGGUACAGCUUAUACACAAGUUUAAAUAAUUAUGGUACUUGCUAAUCACUUUCAAACCAGCCAAUCCGUGUUUGUGAAAAACACCAUUCACCUGUGUGGUAUAUAGGUUUGAGUAUUAGGAUCCUGAACUAUAGUUUUGCUCAUAAAAGAGACACCAACAUGAUACCACAUUUUUGUCUCAAUUUGGUUUUUAUCUUGGUAUGUUUUUGAAGCUUGAGCUCUCAUUGUUUUGGUAAGUCAAUCAGUCGGUAAGAGUGAGUCAUUCAGUUCUAAGAUAAUCACUGAGUUGAUACAACUGUAAAUUGGCCACAGUCAAGAGUUUCUAUCCUGAUGUUUUGACAAAAUGUCAGCUUAGAAACUCUUUUCUGUGGCCAAUUUACAAUGCCAACUCUGUUGAUCUUGUGGCACUCCCUCACUGAUGCAGCACAGUUUCUUAAGAAUCAGGUAGACAGUCAGUCAGAUAGUCAGUCACUCAGUCCGUCCAGUGAAAAAGAUUUCAUUAACACAGGUCUCUUUCCCCAACAAGGUCUUCAGAAAUUGAAAUACUAGAAGCUGAUGUAGAAAGAGCAAAUCAGGUACCACUUUAUCCUUAAUUAGACAUGUACCUAUUUAAGGUCUUGAUGUUUUGAAUUAAAAAAUAAAGGUUUGCCACACAAAUGAUUGCAAAAUUGUAUUUUAUCACAUUGAAUUUAGCAUACAUUUGUUCAUCUCUGGACAAUGAAAUAUUGUAUGUGUCUUAUGAAAUGGUAUGAAGAGAGCUUGAUUGAUAAUGUGUGCUGAACUGUACUCCUGGGUUAAGUUGCUUGAAGGCUGACAAGCAUUAAUUUUAUCCUGUGUUACUUAAAAAAUUAUAACAUCUGUUACAUUUUUUUAUCCUUCCAAAUCCUGAAUAUAGUGGUACAGUCAGGUAAUUGUGCUUCCAACAAAUUUACUUUCAUUUAAAUAGCCAAUACAAACCUUCCCCUUUUAAACAACUUUUUUCUUCUCCAUUUUCAUUUUUUUUUUUGAUGAAAGAAAAGUGUUACCCAGUAAUUUAACCCUUUACACCCUAACAUCAGUAUCCAUAUUCUCCGUUCUCUUCACCAUAUGUUUCUUUUGGUACUGACAAGGAGAAUUCAUUUGAAGAUCAAUGCUUCUUAGGUUGGCAAUCAUUUCCUUUAUUCUCUUAAUGAAUGGUUUGGCAAUAUUACUGUAAGGAGAAAUUAGAUGUUGGUCACUCUUAGGGUUUAAAGGAUCAAAGAGUACUUCUACUCGUUUUUCUUACUUUUUUUCUAGAGAGCAUUGAGUGCUGAGAGGCAAGUUGAAUCUCUACGAGAAGAGCUUAUAGCAGCACAGAAUGCCCUACAGGUUUGUUGGGAUGUGUGACCAUUUCUUAUUGUAAUUCCUUUUAACAGAGUUUAUCUAUUAGACACCACUGUAUGAUUCAUCCUUAGUUAAAAGGGUUUGGAUAGAUGGAUAGAUAGAUGGUUUAUUUAAAUCACAUCACAGCCUGAAGGCUGAACUAAGUAACUUUUACAACUUUUAAAAGGACAAUAAUAAUCUAUGAUAAAUCUAUGUUAAAUAUAAUGGUAAAAAUGUUUAAAUUUGUAAAACUUUUUCAUCCUCAAACUAAAAUUUAAGAAAUAAUCUAUGUAUUAUGAGAAGACAAUUUCUAAAUUACUUUUACCCUGAUGAUAUUUGUAUUUUAGAAUUCAGGCAAUGAACAAAGGCCAAACAUGGUGAGUUAUUAUGUUUCUUCACUUUUUCCAUUUUUUUUUUUCUGAAAAAAAAAAAAAAAGUAUUAUGUUACUGGUACAUAACUUGUGAAUUAACAAGAAGCUACAUUAAAUAGAGAUUAUUCCAAGGAAAGUACACACGAAAUGAUGUGUGCACAUGAAUGAUUUAUUCAUGAGUUACCAUGCAUAAAAAAAUGAAUGAGUGAGUUUACUGAUGCAUCUCAAUGAGUGAAUAAAAAUGCUAUUGUUCAAGCACUUUCCUAGGUAUGUUUUUAUUCCAUACAUACUUCGAUUUACUGACUGACACAUUUCAAAGAUUGGAAGCCAUUUGUUGCCCUCCAUUAUGAAGUUAACUAUUGUUCUUAUCUCUUAUUGGACAAACAAUGUAUUUUCACAGUCAUUUGUUCAGUAUACAGUUAUGUAAUAAAACUGUAUUUGCAACAUAUAUGCCGGUUGUCAGCGAGCCUUCUUUUCAUUUCUCUUCUGUUUACUUCAAAAACUGCAGUCUGAGACCAUUGAUGCAAUUUCACGUUCAAGCUUGGAACAUGAGUUAGUAGCCAAGGAGAGACAGGUACUCAAUUAUUUAGUAAUCAUCUGUAAAAUUUAAUAUGGAAACAUGGGAAUGGAAAAUAGCAAUAAAUACAGACUGAGGCAAAAAAAGCCAUGAAACUUCAUUCCUAAAACUUAAUACAAAAUUCAGUGGAAGUAAAUGUAAAUAUGCACCUUCUAAAUUGUAUUAUCUCCUCUGCAGAUAUCUCAGUUAGUGAGUGAUGUACAACAAUCACAAGUGAUACAGAACAGAUUAAAAGAAUCAACUGCAAAUGAGGUAAGUUUUACCAACAUCUAUAGGCCUUUUCCUACUAGCCUGCAGUAAUGCAAAGAGUUAAAGUGGUUUUAUUGAUAUACCGCCACUGCUUGCAUUAUAUUCUAAUGAAAGUAAUUUUACAAAGGACUGGUUCUGGUAAGUACAAGCAGUUGUAUUGUGUAUUGUUCUUGUUGUUUGUAUCAUGGCUUCAUCUUUUUGUGCAAUUCUUUUUUUCUCUACAGAUUGCCAGACUAGAAGACCAACUUGCUAGCAAGACGAAAGCCCUCCAACAAUUGGUAUGAAUAACGAUGAUUACUUUGAAUGUUCUCUGACUCCUAACAGAAAAAGGGGGAAAUACACUGUACUAGAAAAACUUCAUCUAUUAGAUUUGAGUGCAAGGUACACGUUGUUUUAAGAUGAAUAAACAAGGGUUAAAAAAGCCACUGAUUAUAAUUGAUUCUGAACGGGAUUAACAUGGCAUUGUUCUGCUAACUUGAUAUUACAUUGUUUCCAGGAGGAAAAACUUGAUGAACAGGGUAACUAUGAAGAGAUCAAGAGAGAACUGAAGUAAGUUGUGUGAUGUAAGAUUUGCGACAUGUCAAUGCCUCCAAUUUUUCCUCCUAGUGUUGGAGUUACCCCCAAGCUUCUCAGGCUGGAGCAGAAGAUGUUACCCACCACUUUCUAAAGAUGUUACAUAAAGAUGAUUUUUUCUUUCCAGCGGAAUCCCUUGAAAACAGUGCUGUAUAGCAAUGACAGUUUAUCAGUACAAAAAUAUUUACUGUUGUUUUGACUUUUGUGUGUGCUGAUGCAUUUUAAUUGUUUUGUUUAUUCAGCAUUUUGAAAUCAGUUGAGUUCUCAACAAGCGAGGAGAGCAGAGAUGCGGAAAAGAUGGUUUGUUUGCGAUCUCUUGUGUUACCAGAACCAAAUAUCUUCAUGUUAGAACUAAUUUUGCAUGGAUCUUGCAACAUGACUUAUCUGUCUCACUUUUUUUUGUUGUGAUUCUGUUAAAAGUAGACCUUUCCACUCAAACACUUUCAACAUGCUGCUUUGAUUUCUUUACCUAGUUGCUGCGCUGUAAAAUGUUGUCAUAACGAGAAUUCAGUUCCUCGCUAUAUGUGGCAUUGAAAAGGUUCACAUACUAUUGGAGCCAAACUCUUAAAAUAGGUAUUAAUUGUCUUGUGGAUGCUAUUUCUGCAAGUACUCACCACACAAUUAUUAAUUUGUUUGUUUCAGGACUCCGCUCCGAAAUCUCUAGAAAUGCUUCUUCUUGAUAAGAAUAAAAGUAUGUAACUGCUUGCACAAUUGAAAAAAAUAUUUUUGCUCUGUCAUUAUACUUUUACAUUUCUCUUAAAGAUUAACUGUUAUCAGUUAACAGUUGAUAGGCACUCAUGAUUAAUUGAGUUGAAGUUCACACUUUGUAUUAAUCCUACCCUCAUUGUCGUUGUCAGGACUUCAGUCUGAAAACACAAGUUUAAAGGUUGAAAACGUCGAUUUGACAGGUAUGUUUUAACAUUACAUGCAUUUAAUAACUGAAGCAUUGCCUUUCCUGACUCAGUUCCCUUUCCUCAUCUCUCUUAUCAACGGUUGGUCAAAGGCUAUCUGCAAUACGUUAAUCCAAGAGAAAGGGAAAAUCAAGAUUUAUUUAAUUAUCACAUGUUUGAAAAAAGUGAUUUGUACUGCUGUUUCUUUUUUGGGGGGUGAUUUGGGAGGUCUUUACCUCGUUCCACUCGUAGUCUGUACUGGGAGGAAUAAAGCAAACGCAGAUCUACUCAUCGACAAGCAGUUACAUACUGCUCUCAGCUUUGUAGAGUUGGGUUCAGGGCCUAAUUUCUAUUUUUGCAUGUUUUCCUUCUCAGGUCGUUAUUCUGAACUUCAUGUACAAUACAACGAAGCGGUGAACACAGUGAAGGAACAGAAGGAACUCAUUACUCAGCUAGAAACAGAUCUCCUUAGUGUGAACGCUCUUCCAUCAGCAUUCCGUGGUCAGGGAGAGGUAAGAGCAAACAUUAAAUGUGAGAAAAAAAACUUUACCUGGCUUAGCUUAAAGAACUACCAAGAAGCAAGUGUGAUAGAGACGUGAUGAAACUGGAAGAGAUUAUCAUAGCAGCUGGCGUGAUAGAUGACUUUUUAUUUCUUAUUUUGGAGUGAAAACUUAGUCAUAUGACAAGGUUUUGCCUUUAUGCGGAUUCUGUGGCAUAGGUACAAACUGUAAAUCUAUGGUAACAUUUAUCAUAUCAGAAGCUUGCAGAACAGGUGUAUCUUUUGAUGAGCGAAUGCUCAAUAGUUUCUUCGGUGAAAAUCAUAGUUGCCAUCUUGAUUUUUCCAACAGUGGAAGGCUGGGUAGAAGAAGAACUCAGCACCAAGGGGGUAGGCAAAAGGAAGGAGAUGGGAGGGGUGGAGCAAUAGAAAUUGCUUCUCGCAUUUCCUGCCCCCUCCCCCCACCGUCCACUCUAACACUAAAUCAAACAUGGUCAGUAGAAUAAACUAUCGUGAGCUUGUAAUAAAUAAGAAGUCUGCACUGUAGGUUCUCACCCCUCAUUUGUACCAUACUUAUAUUUCGUAAUUGUCGUUAUGUGAUUUACAGGGUGAGGCAGGGCCUCCUACUGAGACAGAACUUGUAUCUAAUGCAGUUCAGCAGGCUGUAGCACCGGCAGGUAUCAUGUUUUGCUUCACUUUGAGAAUAAAGUUUUAUUAUGCAAACGUAGUUCUAAACGGCAAUUAAGAAAGCAGGUUCGCGAAAGCUCGUGAUCAGUUUAGUUUUGUUUAUUUUUGCACCUGAAAAUGGUGAACAUGAAGUGUUUUUCUUUAGGUACUUUAGAAGGAUUUAUAAAUCUGAAAACCAGUGUUCUUAUUGUUGCUUUGUUUGUUGUCAGUGUUGCUGUUGUUGAAGUAGAAUGAAGGCAUCUCGGACCUGCUUAUUAAAUUAUAAGUCUACAUUCAAGUACAAAGGAUUGAUCUAAAUUUCAUAGUUCGUUUAUUUUUAUUUUUUUGUUUAUUUAUUUUCAUCGUAGGUGUAACCAGUGAGAAUGUAGCAACGGAAUCCCUUCUUCCUAUCGUGGCCAGCCAAAGAGAGAGAUUUAAAAUCCGUAAUAUGGAACUAGAAGCGGUGAGCUAUUAGGAAAUGUAAACGUCUUUGCUGUUGUUGUUGUUGUUGUUGUUGAUCAUAUGGCUUUUGUUAAUCUUUUAGCUCCUAAGAGUGAUUAGCAUCUAAUUUCUCCUCACAAUAUCACCCACAAAUCACACAUUAAGGUCAUGAGAAUAAAGUGGAUGAUCAGCGGUUGAAGAAGCUCUUGAUUGUGGAACAAAUUCUCCUUGUCAGAACCGUAGGAAAUGUAUAGAAUAGGGUAUGGAGAAUAUACAUACUGAUGUGAGGGUGUAAAGGGUUAAGCUAUCACCAUCUCUUCGUUCACGAUCGGCGCGACAGAGGCGUUGCUGUUUAUAUUUUGAUAGCUAACUCCCAUCUUUAAUAUUUUUUGCACGAAACCUAAACCAAAUCCUUGAAUUAGCUGUACAAAAUUAUUAACAAAAGUUUCCGUCUGGUCUUUCAGCAACUACGCCAUAACCAGCAACAGAUCAGUGUGUUGCAAAAUGAAGUGGACACCUUGAGGUCAGAUAACGUGAAGUUGUACGAGAAAAUCAAGUUCCUUCAAAGCUACCCAACGAAGGUAACCUUGUUACUUCGAUUGAUACUAAACUCAAACCAAGCAUUUGUCUUGUGAGCCCCAUCCAAAUGUGCCCUUCGAGAGCCGGUAAUCCUUGAGAACACUCGACACUUCUCGUUUCAUUUCAAACAAGGUAUGACUUGCUCCCUAAUUUCUCUUUGGGUCUAUAGCAGAUCGGCACGCUGUUCUUGGAUUUUGCUUUCCUUAUGCGUGGUUUUUAAAGCAUGCAGAGAACAAGAAGAUUUAUUUGUUGCGAGCUUUCCAAAAUCUUGCUCGCAAACAAAUCACUGGUUGCUUAAAGAAUCUUGUCACACAAAUAUGGAGUGCCCUUCUCUUUCCAGUGGGGCACUUUGCACCAGUUAAGUAAUAAGUGCUCGGCUUGAGCACAACCCUGUUUUCAGGUGUAUGAUCGUUUUUUGGUUAUGCUUUUCGUUAGAGCUCAGGGGGCCGAGAAGAAGAAGCAACAGUCAGUAGAUACUCGUCACAAUAUGAACAAAGAUUGGAUCCAUUUUCAGCCUUUAAUCAACGGGUAAGUUGCACGGUAACUGGUUUUAAUAGCAGCUUUGGUUAAACGCUGUAUAGCACCUUUUCUGCCACCCAGUGCUUCUUAAAUGGAAACGAUGUUUCUGGUGCGGAGUUGCGUGACAGAAGCCACAUAUCGUGUUGGCUUAGGUCAUGCUAUAUGUAAUACUUUAUCAUGAAACGAUACUUCAACCGGAGACCUGGUUUAAACUGAUGUUGCGUAUUUUGUGGAUCCGUAGUUUUGUGUGAAAUUAUUUUUAGUUUCUUAUACUUUAAACUUCUAAGCAUUUCCUAAAUUUGGUGUUUUAUUUAAAAAACUGAUUAAGAGGGCCUGUUUAAUUCCAUUUAGGAGAAACAACAGCGAUACCUGGGACUUAGUCCGCAUGAAAAAGUUACUCUUAACCUGGUAAGUGGAAAAUUAUUUUUAAAUUCAACCAUUUGUCUCAUGUUCUCGGUCGGCAUCUUUUUUCUCUGUCAAUGCCUACCUUCCCCUAGGUGUCUAAGUGGAGUCUAGCGUGUUGUCAACAAGAGGGUGUCUAUGAAAUUAUUAUUGUGCGGCACUUUAUGCAAGACACCCAUUAAGUCUGAUUGACGCUGAGAACUCCUUUGAUUCUUCAUUUAAUGGGAAACACAGUUCCCUUGCUCCUUCCGAUAAGGAAGGAGUUAUCGAAGCCUUCUUUGAGAACCCUUUAAUACAGCGCUGCAAUCUCUCCCAUGGCCGUCUCCUUCGCUGUUUUUUGUUUUCUGUUUUUUAGGUUUCUCCUUCCCCGCAGUUGUGUUUUCAUCUCCUAGCAAAGUGCACUUAGCUUUCUAAAAUACUUUUAUUCAUUUUCCAGGGUCGGUUUAUCAUGUCAAACAAAUUUGCCAGAACCUUCGUAUUUUUCUACACAUUGCUUGUACACUUAAUGAUAUUUCUGGUAAGUAGUGCAGCCUACAGUGAGUAAACUUUUCAAGAGCUUUUGGUCUGUUUUUGUUUCUGUGGAAAAAAGUCUUUCGUCAAGUUCCUCUGUAAAUCCCUCCAAUCUUAACCGUAUUAAUUCCGAACGAGUACAAUCUUACCCUUUUGGUUUCCUCCACCUUGACCUGAUAUGCAGACGAACGCUCAGAAAUUCUUUCGUAAAAAUUGUCCAUAAAGCUAUUAAUUUAGUUGAGAUACAAACUUUAAUUUAUUUCUCUUAAUCAGGUUCUUUACAAGCUUGCGUACACAGAAUCUUGUAAGCGUGACAUUGCUUCUGAGUGUGCCAAAAGGUAAGUAACAUCAGUUUGCGGAACCUGUAGGACAGGUUCGAGUUUAGUCAAAACAAAUGUGCGUAUUCGGGCGAGCUGAGGUAAGCGCGAGACAAUCGCGAGUCAAACGCGAGAUAAUCGCGAAAAAAUGCGAGGCAAACGCAAGAAGAACGCUAAGGACAAGUUAUGCUCAGCGCUGCCUUAGCUCGCUGAACUUUCGAAGGAAAUGAAAAGUUGUUAGAAAUCACGAAAAAAUUCUUAAAGAUGCACUCCUGAACAUCAUUUACAAGAAGUCAUUUACAAAACUACUACUUGAAUUCAUUUACAAAACUGCGCUUUACCUAAAACUUGACCUCUUUUACUUUUUCCUCUGUUGUACAGGUUCGCUGAACACAUGCACGAAGUCCACGGACAAUGAAUUAGGAACAGAAUACAAGAGGAUUCGGGUGUUACCUGAACUCAGCCAGUAAACAGGGCUACACGCGUUGGUACGGACUGAACAACUUUGGCGAGGAAAAACAAAGCAAAAAAACAAACGUAGGGUUUUUAAAAGACUUGAUCUUGUAAAUUAGACGAUAUUUCUAUCGGUGAUGGGGGAUCGCUGUCCUGCUACACAACGAGGAAACUUCAGCGGCGUUCGUCGAAACGUAUACGCAUGAAGAAUUGCCGGCUCUAGGAUUAGUUUUGUGAGGUAGAUCAUUAACAUUUUUGUCAAUGCCCUCUUGAAAAAGGCUAAUCUAAGAGGGGAAUCUUUCUCUUUGUUCGGAAUGGAUUAGAAGAAAGCGAGUAUAGGUUCAAAUGAAGAAAGUUUAAAAGAAUUUAAUUAAAAAACAUAGGUAGAAAUAUUUUACCAAUCCUCUUGUCUUCCAUCAAUAUUAUUGGCUCAGAUAGAAACAGAAGUGGGGUAUCUCAUAUCAAAUGAGGAGAGGAGAUGCCAUUAACUGAGGCUCUCUGAUAUGUUCAUGUUAAACUCCCUGAUGCGAUACUGGUUAAGAUUGUCAUUUUAAAUAAGGCCCUCGAUUGGCUCAAACUAGAAACUUCAAAUGAUGAACAAAACUCUCGCUUGUUAUUAAGUCAGCAAAUGACAGGAUGAGUAAAUUAAUCAUAAGAAAUUUAUGUACCAUAAGAAAUCCAGCUGUAAUGACAGGAGCUCCUUAAUGCAGAGGGUGUGGUGGAUAGGAAAUCGAUUUUAGCGCAUCCAAUCGCAUGAUUUAGAUAUUUUCU